AUGGCGGAUUCUUCAGGGGACAAGCCAACCCACCUGGCAACGACUGUUUCUUUCGGUAAGGGUGAGGAAGGAAAUGAAGGUAUCUGUGGGACAUACAAGGGUAGCACAAAAAUAGAACAUGAGGGCACUAACGAGGACGAAAUGAGCUCACAAGGAGCUGCUACAAGACGCAUACUCGCGUCAAAAGAAGCGGUUAAAAGAAGCAUACUCGCGUCAAAAGAAGCGGUUAGAAGACGCAAACUCGAGUCAAAAGAAGCGGCUACAAUAGGCUUACUCGAGUCAAAAGAAGCGGUUAGAAGCGUCCUACUCGCGUCGAAAGCAGCGUUUAGAGGCGGCCCAUUCUCGUCACGAGACGCGUGUAUGAUGAACAUAAGGGCGUCAAAAGAAUCGGUUGGAAGACGCAUACUCGCGUCAAAAGAAGCGGUUAGAAGACGCAAACUCGCGUCAAAAGAAGCGAUUAGAAGACGCAAACUCGCGUCACAAGAAGAGGUUAUAAUAGACAUACACGCGUCAAAAAAGGCGGUUAUAAGAGACAUACACGCGUCGAAAAUAGCGGUUAUAAGCGACAUACUCGCGUCAAAAGAAGCGGUUAGAAGACGCAAACUCGCGUCACAAGAAGAGGUUAUAAUAGACAUACACGCGUCAAAAAAGGCGGUUAUAAGAGACAUACACGCGUCGAAAAUAGCGGUUAUAAGCGACAUAUUCGCGUCGAAAGAUGCGAUUAUAGGCGACAUACACGCGUCACUAGCAGCGGGUAUAAGAGACAUACUCGCGUCACAAGCAGCGGCAACAAGCGGCACACUCGCGCCACAAGCAGCGGGUAUAAGAGACAUAUUCCCGUCACUAGCAGCUGUUGCACCCCCCCCAUUCAUUCCACAAGUGCCUGUUGCACGCCGUGAAUCCUUGCCACAAGAGGCUGUUGCAGGCGCCACACCCUCAUCAGAAAUAGCGGGUGCAAGCGGCAAACGUCCACACGCAGAGGUAACAAGAGGCAUACUCGCGUCAAACGAAGCGGUUAGAGGCGACACAAUCUCGCCAGAAGCAGCGGGUAGCGGCGCCGGCAAAGAUGAUUCAGAAGCAGGAUAUAAGGAUAAAUGUCGUAAAACUUUGCGUAAAUUCCGGAAGCCUAUAAAGAAACGUUUCCGUUUUCGUAGUGAGUAUGACCGCAACUCUAGCAGCACUUCUGAGAGUUGCGGUAGUAGAAAUAUGGAACAGGUUAUCAUUGACACUGCCAACUAUGCCGAAGACAUAAGCACUUUUGUCAAGCAUAUUGCGGAGAAUCUAGACCGGCUGAUUCAUUUUGGACCUCCCCCCCAAAAGCACCAUUCAGAACGUGACAAAAACGACAAUGCGCGUGAAGACGUGGAACAGAGUUCAAACGACACGUUCAGUGCAGGCAGUGAGGAUGGUACAGAGGAUCUUCCGCCUGAAGACCAUAAUUCUGAGAGUGAAGGAGGCUUGUAA